AUGAGAGGACAGGGCUUGACGAAAAUGUACAAAGAGCUGCCUAAGCGCAGGUUUGCAAGACAAGCUGCGCAUCUGAACAUGAUUUCCAACUAUCCGAACUCGGCAGUCAAACUACCAUCAACGGUAGCUUCUUUGGAGUUGACCUUCAAGACCAAUAUCGAAAAUGGCCACGCAGGCAUUAAAAACUUUUGGAAGUACAACCUGAAGACUAUCCAGUUCCACAAUCCACAGUUGCCAAUCUCGGUCAGGCGAAUCAAGACGGCCGAUGAGGAGGAAAGCCGCAAAUGCCCUUCGGUGUUGAAGAUCAACAUGUUAGAUGGUGGAUCUCAGACCAUUGAUUGCAAAUCGAAGAGAAGUGAGGCGAUUUUGCAGGAGUUUUUGGAGUUGACCAAGGCUGAGAGCAUACCCGAGGAUGAAAUACCGGUGGUGCUGACGCCUAGCGAGAAGAUAGUGCAACAAGAGAAGGAGUUUAGUUGA